UGUCAUUAUAAUCGUGACACGUGACAAUCGAGAGAAGAAGAGGGAAAUGGUGCAGCAUUCUCUCGCUUUCCUCAAACCUUUAUAAAAACCCGCCUGAAUUCCAUCUCCAAAACCACCAUGAACAGGAAGCAACCCUUCCCCCUGAAGAAAGCUGAGCGCAAAAUGGGAGAAGUAGCGCCGCAGAGAAAAGCACACGUUGUGCUCCUUCCAUACCCAAGCCAGGGCCACAUCAACCCACUCCUCCAAUUCGCCAAACGCCUCUCUUCCAAAGGCGUCAAAGCCACAAUGGCCACCACCCACUACACCGUCGGCUCCAUCACCGCCUCACCCGCCGUCGCCGUCGCCGUCGAGCCAAUCUCCGACGGUUUCGAUGCCGGAGGGUUCGUUCAGGCUCGAGACGAGCGGACGUUCCUCCAGUCGUUCGAGACCCACGGCACCAGAACCCUGUCCGAGCUCGUGGCGAGGCACGAGAGGACCGACUCCCCUGUCACUUGCAUCGUCUACGAUUCUUUCCUGCCCUGGGCGCUUGACGUUGCCAGGGGACACCGCAUUUAUGGAGCCGCGUUCUUCACGAACUCGGCCACCGUCUGCGGCGUGUUCUGCCGCGUCAGCCGCGGCGUGAUCAAGCUGCCGUUGGCGUCCGAGGAGGAUGGGGUGGCUGUCCCUGGGUUGCCUAAGCUGGGUCGUGUUGAUUUGCCGACUUUCGUCAGGUUUCCGGAGAGCAACCCGGCCUACUUGGCGAUGGUGCUGUGUCAGUAUUCGAACUUGGACGAGGUCGAUUGGGUUUUCUGCAACACAUUUCAGCAAUUGGAAAGCAAGGUUGAGGCAGGAAGUGUAAAAGGGCAUUGGCCGGCGAGACUGAUUGGCCCGAUGGUUCCUUCGUCCUACUUAGACGGCCGGAUUGCCGGUGACAAAGGAUAUGGAGCGAGUCUCUGGAAACCACUCAGUGACGAGUGCCUAAAAUGGCUGGAGAACAAGGAACCCAGAUCAGUAGCAUACAUUUCCUUCGGCAGCAUGGUGAAUUUGACAGAAGAGCAGAUGGGAGAGAUUGCAGCGGCGUUGGAGGAAACAGGCAUUCAGUUCCUGUGGGUGGUGAGGGCUUCAGAGCACAGCAAGCUCCCAGCUCGGUUCAGGGAGUUGAAUGCUUCAAAGGGUCUAAUAGUGCCAUGGUGCAACCAGCUAGAGCUGUUGGCACACAAGGCCACAGGCUGCUUCGUCACACAUUGCGGCUGGAACUCGACCCUUGAAGGGCUGAGCCUGGGUGUGCCGAUGGUGGCUAUGCCGCAGUGGAGUGAUCAGGUCACCAAUGCCAAGUACGUGGAAGAGAUUUGGAAGAUUGGUGUUAGAGUGAAGGAAGACGAGACGGGGGUUGUUAGAAGGGAGGAAGUUGCUAGGUGCUUGAAGGAAGUGAUGAUGGAGGGGAGUAGAAGCCUGGAGAUUAAGGUAGCUGCAAGGAAAUGGAAGCAGAUGGCUGUGGAGGCGGUGAGCGAAGGAGGUGAAUCGGACCGAGAAAUCAACAACUUUGUUAGGAAACUGCUUUCGUGUAGUGACCAUUCAAAUCAUACAAGGAUACAAUAAAUUUACACGGCGACGAUGGGAAGGAAAUGAAAAAAGAUGACAGAAGACUCACUGCGACGCGAAUUGAAGUUUGCUUCUCUUCUUGA